GGUACUGGUAAUAGUGAUGUCAAAAGCCUUCGCCUUUUUUUCUCCGCACCAAACCGAAACAAACCCUUCCCCCUCUCUCUCUCUCUCUCUCUCUCUCUCUCUCUCUCUCUCUCUAUUCUGUCUGCGAUCAUGGCGUCCAUUUCCAAGCUCUCGACUUGUUCUUCUUCUUCAUCAUAUUCUCUCUCAGCAUCGACCUUGAGACCCCCGAGAUCUUCCCGUAACCCUGCGUCUUUGUUGAUCGGUUUCAGACCCAUUUCCACCUCCAACACCAAACUUUCUUCUUCAUCUUCGAAGUUUUCGCUUCCCAGAAACUCCUCAGUCAACGCUUCCUUAGUGGUGAGAUGUUCGAGUUCGGGAAACGGAAGCCCAGCGAAGAGGACGGUUCUGCAUGAUCUAUACGAGAAGGAAGGACAGAGUCCUUGGUACGAUAACCUCUGCAGACCAGUCACCGAUCUUCUUCCUCUUAUUGCCUCUGGCGUCAGGGGUGUUACUAGCAACCCUGCGAUUUUCCAGAAAGCAAUAUCGUCUUCUAAUGCUUACAAUGACCAGUUCAGAGAGCUUGUACAAUCCGGGAAAGGCAUUGAAGAUGCGUACUGGGAACUUGUGGUGAAGGACAUUCAAGAUGCCUGCAAGCUGUUUGAGCCAAUCUAUGAUGAAACAAAUGCUGCGGAUGGAUAUGUUUCUGUUGAAGUUUCACCGGAACUUGCUGAUGACACUCAGGGGACUGUAGAGGCUGCAAAAUGGUUACAUAAAGUGGUCGACCGCCCAAAUGUGUACAUUAAAAUUCCUGCUACAGCUCCCUGCAUCCCUUCAAUUAAGCAAGUUAUUUCACAGGGUAUUAGUGUCAAUGUUACUCUUAUAUUUUCUCUUGCUAGAUAUGAAGCAGUUAUCGAUGCUUAUUUGGACGGCCUUGAGGCUUCUGGGCUAAAUGAUCUGUCUAGGGUAACUAGUGUUGCUUCUUUCUUUGUUAGUAGGGUGGACACCCUUAUUGACAAGUUGCUUGAGAAGAUUGGAACACCGGAGGCCCUAGAUCUCCGAGGAAAGGCUGCAGUAGCUCAAGCGGCCCUAGCAUAUAAACUCUACCAAAAGAAAUUCUCCGGCCCGAGGUGGGAUGCUUUGGUAAAGAAAGGAGCUAAGAAGCAGAGGGUGUUGUGGGCCUCAACUAGCGUCAAGAAUCCUGCCUACCCUGACACUUUAUACGUUGCUCCUCUUAUUGGUCCCGACACGGUAUCAACCAUGCCUGACCAAGCCCUACAAGCUUUUAUUGACCACGGUAGUGUUUCAAGGACGAUUGAUUCGAAUGUGUCCGAGGCUGAGGGCAUUUACAGUGCACUUGAGAAGUUGGGAAUUGACUGGAGCUAUGUGGGUUCUCAACUUGAGCUGGAGGGAGUGGACGCAUUCAAGAAAAGUUUUGACAGUCUGCUGGAUACGCUGCAAGAGAAGGCAAACUCUCUUAAGCUAGUUAGCCUGUAAUUUCAGAGGUUUUGCUUAAUGUUGUUGUGGGGGUUAUAAAAAAAGCCUUAUGGCGUUCUUACCUAUUUGGUGGGUGCAUUAUGAAUUUAAUAAAAGCUGGUGGCUUUUUUUUUUGUGUUGAUGUAAAUUUGUUGGAAUGCUUUGCUUUUGUGAGACGUGGAUGAUGUAUUAUGAUCUCUAUGUAUGUUUGCAGCUUGUGUUGAGUUA